UGGGUAGAACCUGAAGUGGUCUGCUUCAUUAGCGGUUCAACUCCGCCACAUACUUUGACUGGGUGGGAUUUCUAUAGGUUUGAAGACUCAAUCGCGCUGCCCAUGUUGUCAAAGACACUAUUAUGGCUAUAAAGAUGAGUCCUCUAUCUAUCUCUAUGUUCUGUUUUCACUGCCGUUUUGAUGAGGUUUUGCAAUAUCGGAACCCAGAACAAGUUUUACUGCAACGCUUCCUGUGUUUUUAACUGUUCUUUAUGAAACCAGGAAGAUGGUUUUGGAAUCAUCGAAAUGGGUUAUGUUCAUAGUUGGUUGGCUUUUCAAAAAUGUGAGUUGUAACUCUGUUGCGCAGAAGAUUUAUGUCGAACUGAAUAACACUGUACCAUGCGUCCGACUGCUCAAUGCUACACAUCAGAUUGGCUGCCAGUCCUCGAUAUCAGGUGAUACAGGGGUGAUGCAUGUCUUGGAGUCUGAGGCAGAUCUGGAAUGGCCUUUGAGCAAAGGACCCAAUCCUCCUUAUAUGGUCCUGUUGGAGUCAUCCCUCUUCACCAAGUCCAUCAUGAUGAAGAUGAAGAAUGCCUCCAGCAGGGUGGCAGGGGUUGUGGUGGUCCCAAAAACUAGCCCACCAGAGUUCUCGCCACAUACGACAUGUCCCAAUGAGAACACAGGUAGGAGUAAGUUAGUGAGGGAGAUACAAGUCUCCAACUUCAGCUAUUUUUGUUUACCCAUGCGCAGGUACUAUGAGAGUUUUUAUGACAAUGCUGCCCACCUGAACCUGACUUAUCCAUCUAACUUGAGUCCAGAGGAACAGCUAGAGUUUGUGACUGAUACUGCAAAGUCUCUUACCGAGGUGGCUACUGCAGUUGCCUGCGCUCUCUUCAAGCAGGCUGGGGGAAACAACUCCCAAGUAAACAAAAUCAAUGCAGACCCCAAAACAGUGACCCAGAUGCUGUAUGGGUUUCUGGUUAGAUCCAACAACAGCUGGUUUCAGGCAGUGAUGGCCCCAGAACUGAAGGACAUCCUCCAGCCCAACCCACCCCAGUACUACGUUGGUGUUGCCAAGUCGUCCCAUCAGGCUAACGCACUGACCUAUCUGGUCCAAUAUCUCCUGGCUAAUUUAACGGGAACAGCCACCAACCUCACCCAGAGCCAGUGCAAGAAGCCAGAUGAGCUGCCGAACGAGAGCACAUAUUUGUACUCUUAUCUCUGGGUUCAGGGCGUGGUCCCACCCAACAGCACCCAGAGGGAGUCUUUCUGCAUACGCACAGCAGUACGCCUGGUCAAGGCAGUGUCCCCCGCCUUCGAUCUGGGGGAUUACGUUUCCAAAGAAUAUUCCACAUGGACAAAAUCGCAGUGGAAGUUCAUCAAAGCUCGGAUUUUCCUAGUAGCCAGCCGGGACCUGGAGAUGCUGGCUGACCUUAGGCGUGGGAGUGGCCGUGUUGUUCACAUCGCUACUGGUCACAUACUUUGUCAGUACCAAGGCAGAUGUCCUCUUCAGCUCCGUCAGGGAACCCAACAACCUCGCAUACUGAUUGCCUCAUACUAACCUGUGACCAGCGACCACUACUCUCACAACCAAACAGUUUUUUUUACACACAAUAGGUACACAGACAAAUAGACAGACAGGUUAGGGUGACCAACAGACAGGUUAGGCAGAACUUGAGGUUUUAACUCACAGUGAAUGGCCCGUUUGGACUCAAACAGAUGAGUUUUAACACAUAACCGGAUUUGAUUGGCCUGGAUGGAUGUGGACUCAACAGGGUCAGAUUGCCACCAGUGUAAAAUAUGUUCAUAUUUAAUUUUUUUUGUUUUGUCAAAUAAUGUUUUGUUUACUGUAUCAUGGGAUUAGGCACUAAACUUUGUUUGACCUUGACGUGUGUGUGUGUCCAAAUGGGAGGUGAGUGUUUGCGAGCGUGUGCAAGUGUGUUUAUUGAGUAUGCGGUUGUAGUAUGUACAAUAGCUUUCCUGUCAUUUCUCAGGAGAAUGAAACCUUAUGUCGGGCAAAUGGACUUUGGAUGUGGGUUCAGCUGAACGACCAUUACUAUGCUUAAACAUUCAGAUAUCCAAAUAGUAUUUUUUUGAUUUGGGUUGCAGUCUUUAAAAAUCAACUUUAUUUUAAGUCUAGACAUAAAUUGCAGGAUUUAAUAACAUCAUGCCCACAUGUUUUUAAUCAUGUAUUGAUGGAAUUGUUAAUUGACCUAGGGUUUUUUUGUGUGUGAAGGUGAUCUCUGAUUUUGACCAACUGGGGAAUAAAUGUGAUUAUUGCCUUGAUAA